ACAUUCCCUUUUCUCAUCCUCAUCAUCUUCACCCUCACCGCCGCCCUUCCCAACUAGUAUUCCCCCUAAUCAAUAAUAUCCAACUCCAGUCGCUCUUUCGAGACUCCCCCAUCCCUUAGUAUUGCCUUAAUAUCAUCUUUAAUCACCACCACCAGCAGCACCAUCCACAAAACACCAAACAAUCAAGAUGAAGUUUCUCAACGCCGCCAUCGCCGCCGCCAGCUUCGGGUCCGUCCUCGCUGCGCCCGCCAUUGACGCCCGCCAUGACAAGCCUACUGCCACGGUGACUGUCCCAGCUGAUUGCCCAUGCAACACUGGCUCUCCUGCCGGCGGCAGCAGCAUCAGCCUCCCUACCAACCUUCCCUCGGUUUCUGUCCCGGUCAACAUCAUCCCCUCAACCUCUUGCACAGAUGAUGCCGCUUCUUCAACAGGCGCUCCAGGCACUCCCGGCACUCCCAACAUCCCCGGCAUUCCUAAUGUUCCGGGCACCCCCAAUGUCCCGGGUGUACCCAAUGUUCCCGGCACUCCUGCUGUUCCCGAUUACCCCAACGUUCCCAUCGUUGAUGUCGAUGUCGACGUUCCAGGCACACCUGGCACACCAGGCACACCAAACACCCCAGACAUCCCAGGUGACGACAGCGACGAUGACAACGACAACGACGACGACAGCAGUGACAGCGACAGCGACGACGAGGACAACAACGGUACUCCCAUCGUCGAUGGUGAUGUAGACAUUGAUGUUCCUGGCACCCCUGGCACCCCUGCUAUCCCCACCGCUUCUGGCAACCCUACCAUCGACCUUGACGUUGUCGUUAGCCCCAUCGUGGACCUCGAUGUUGAGAUCACUAUUCCUGCCAUUACUGCUGAUGUCGAUGUUAACGUUGUCAUUGCCGACCUCGUUGCCAUCAUCGUCCAGAUUGAGGCUCAGGUCCAGACCGAUAUCCAGCUCAUUCUUGACAUUAUCGGCGCUGUCGACAUUGAUGUUGAUGCUCUCAUUGCCGUCCUCAUCGACCUCCAGGCCCAGAUUGACCUCCUCGUUGGCGACAUCACCCCCACUCUCAACGCUCUCCUCCUCAACGUUGACCUCCUUGUUGACCUCAACCUCGCUGUCGUCCUCGACCUCGUUGCCGAUGUCCAGGCUCUCCUUGGCGAGAUUGAAGUUACCGUCCAGGGUCUCCUUGCCCUCGAUGCUGACAUCCUCCUCGUCAUCUCCGCCAACCUCGAGGUUAUCCUCGGCCUCGUUGUCGACAUCUCUGUCCCCAUUGUUGACGUUGUCGUUGACAUCGUUGCCAACGUCGGUGCCUCUGUUGGUGCCGUUGUUGCCGGCGUUGUUGCCGACAUCCAGGUCGUCCUCGAUGCCAUCGUCGACCUCACUGCCCUCCUCCGGGUGGACCUUGGCACCAUCGUUGCCCUCCGCAAGUAAAUUGCAAUUCUGAGCUUACUGAUGAAGGAACAAAGGGGUUGUUGGUCAUGAGACAUGCAUAUGACUAAAAGGGAUUGGGUUAAUUCCCGGCUGCUAGAGUAGAAGCUGGGUUGCGAGCAGGAGUUGGUUUUCAGCUGUUCCUUGUCAGGGUCUUUUCUUUUUUUGUCGAUAGUUUGUGCUUUUGUAUACUCAGAUUGUAAUUUUGAUUGUCUUGUGUGUUUUGCCAGAACUAGUUCCUUGUUCUCUUCGUGCUUUGUGAACAGUCAACCAACCCAACUCAGGGGCAUCGGCAUUUGUC